AUGUGGCCUUAUCUUAUUAGGAAGGCCAAAGAAGGUGGAUUGGAUACAAUUGAAACCUAUGUAUUUUGGAAUGCACAUGAACCGGCUCGUCGGCAAUAUGACUUUAGUGGAAAUCUUGAUCUUGUUCGGUUUAUUAAAACCAUUCAAGAUGAAGGAUUAUAUGCAAUUCUUCGAAUUGGACCUUAUGCUUGUGCUGAGUGGAAUUAUGGUGGGUUUCCUGUAUGGUUGCACAAUAUACCUGGAUCUGCUUUCCGAACCAACAAUGAUGUGUUUAAGAGGGAAAUGCAAAUUUUUACAACUUACAUAGUUGAUAUGAUGAAAAAAGAGAAACUCUUUGCGUCACAAGGAGGGCCUAUUAUUCUUUCUCAGAUUGAAAAUGAAUAUGGAAAUAUUAUGAAACCAUAUGGAGAAGAUGGAAUAAAGUACAUAAAUUGGUGUGCACAAAUGGCUGAUUCUCUUAACAUUGGAGUCCCAUGGGUCAUGUGUCAACAAUAUAAUGCUCCAAAGCCAAUGAUCGAGGCAUGCAACGGUUUUUAUUGUGAUAAUUAUAAACCAGGAAACCCAGAGAGCCCUAAAUUUUGGACUGAAAAUUGGACUGGGUGGUUUAAGAAUUGGGGUGGUGCAAAUCCACAUAGAACAGCUGAAGAUCUUGCCUACGCUGUUGCACGCUUUUACCAAAGAGGUGGUACAUUGCAAAAUUAUUAUAUGUACCAUGGUGGUACCAAUUUUGGUAGAACUUCUGGUGGCCCAUAUAUCGUUACUUCAUACGACUAUGAUGCACCUCUUAAUGAAUAUGGAAACUUGAACCAACCUAAAUGGGGACAUUUGAAGCAACUUCAUGAUCUUUUGCAUUCCAUGGAGCAUACUCUUACAUAUGGGGAAGUAGAAAGUACUGAUUUUGGCAAUGGCGUUUGGGGUACUGCUUAUGUCACAAAGGAGAAAUCAAGUUGCUUUUUGAGCAAUACAAAUAAUGUAUCAGAUGCCAAAAUCAACUUCCGAGGAACUGAUUACUACAUUCCAUCAUGGUCUGUUAGUGUUCUUCCUGAUUGUAAGGAAGAAGUAUAUAACACUGCAAAGGUUUAUGCUCAAACUUCAGUUUAUGUAAACAAACCCAACAAAGCUGAGGAUCAACCAAUUUCUCUGAAAUGGGUAUGGAGACCUGAAUUGAUCGAACCGACUGUGGUGCAAGGCAAGGGAGACGUUUCUGCUAACAAGAUUGUUGAUCAAAAAGAAAUGGCAAACGAUGCUAGUGACUAUUUGUGGUACAUGACAAGUUUUGAGCUUGGAAAAGAUGACCCAGUGUUGAGUUCAAAUGUGACCCUAAGUUUUAAUAGUAGUGGUUAUGUUUCUCAUGUUUUCGUCAAUGGAGCAUACAUUGGUUCUCAAUGGUCGAAUAAGGGUAAUAAACAAUAUCGUUUUGAGAGAGAUAUCAAAUUAUCCGCUGGAAACAAUUUGAUAACAGUGCUUAGUGUCGCAGUUGGAUUACAGAACUAUGGUGCCCAUUUUGAUUCGUCGUCAAAUGGACUUAAAGCACCUUUUGAAUUGAUUGGCAAAAAGGGUGACACUAAAAUAGUGAAAGAUUUAACCUCAAAUAAAUGGAAUUAUAAAAUUGGGAUGGAUGGGAUUACAAACAAGUUUUUCGAGUCAGAUUGUAAUUCAACAUUGAAAUGGGAUUCGGAUUCUCUUCCUAUUAACAGGAAUUUCACUUGGUACAAGACAACCUUCAAAGCUCCAUUGGGUAAUGAACCAGUGGUUGUGGAUUUAAUAGGUUUAGGAAAGGGUGUUGCUUGGGUGAAUGGUCAUGAUAUUGGUAGGUAUUGGCCCAGUGCUAUAGCAGAAAUGCAGGUUUGCCAACCUGGGGAAUGUAAUUAUCGUGGCCUCUAUAAUGAGAACAAAUGCCGCAAUAAGUGUGGUGAACCUACUCAAAGAUGGUACCAUGUUCCUCGUUCAUUCCUCAACGAUGGUGAGAACACAUUGGUUUUGUUUGAAGAAUUUGGGGGCAAUCCUUCGAAUGUACAAUUUCAGACAAAUGAAAUUGGUUCAGCAUGCAUAAAUGCAUACGAAGGAAAGACAGUGGAAUUGUCUUGUUACGAUCGACCAAUUUCAAGGAUUGAAUUUGCUAGUUUUGGCAAUCCACAAGGUGUGUGUGGAUCCUUCAAGAAAAGCGAUUGUGAAUCAAAAGAAGAUGCUGUUUCAAUACUUGAGAAAGAAUGUGUUGGCAAAGAAUCGUGCUCUUUCGAGGUUUCUGAAAAGAAAUUCGGAAAAGCGUCUUGUGUCCGCAAAAGGCUAGCUGUGGAGGCUAUAUGUGCUUAG